GAUGUUGUGGAUGAAGAGAUGGCAGAGAAGCUUUCCAUUCGAAAGCAACGUUUUAUGCAAUUUGCUUCUUUGGAAUAUGAAGGAGAAUAUUACAUGACUCCAAGAGACUUCCUGUUCUCAGUUAUGUUUGACAAAUCAGAGCGUAAAACUUUGGCCAAGAAACUGACAAAAAAGGAAAUAGAUUCUACCCUAGCAAAUAUUGCGAAGGCUAGACCAGGACCAACCUUUUUUAGAGAUCUUGGAGACACAGGAUUGAUUUCCUACACAGAGUAUCUGUUUUUGCUGACAAUACUCACAAAACCACAGACUGGAUUUCGUAUUGCUUUUAAAAUGUUGGAUGCAGAUGGCAAUGAACAAGUAGAGAAAAAAGAAUUCUUUAAGCUUCAGAAAAUAAUUGGAAAGCAAGAUGAGUUUAAAACAGCUUCAGGAGAUGACAUCCUGUCUCAGGAAUCAGAAAUGGAAGGUACUGAUAUCAACACCAUGUUACUGGUCCACUUUUUUGGAAAAGGAGGAAAAGAUAAACUUCAGUAUUCGGAAUUCCAAAGAUUUAUGCUGGAUUUACAAGCAGAAGUACAAGAAAUGGAAUUCAAUCAGUUUUCCAAAGGUCUAACCUUCAUGAGAAAGGAAGAUUUUGUAGAGUGGUUGCUGUAUUUCACUGACGAAGAAAAUAAUGACAUUUAUUGGCAAAAUGUGAAAACGAGAAUCCAAGCAGGAGAGAGUAUCAGUAUGGAUGAAUUUAAGACUUUCUGCCAAUUUACAAAUCGUUUAGAAGAUUUUUCAAUUGCCCUGAAAAUGUUUACUGUAGCCAGCCGUCCUGUUAAACGGGCGGAGUUCAAGAGAGCUGUGAAAGUGGCUACAGGACAGGAGCUCUCAGAUAAUGUUUUGGACACCAUCUUCAAGAUCUUUGAUUUAGAUGGAGAUAAUUGCCUCAGCCAUGCAGAGUUCCUUGGAGUUCUCAAAAACAGGAUGCAUCGUGGAUUAAGGGUGCCUCAGCAACAAGGAGUCCAAGGUUACUGGAAAUGUGUGAAACGAGAAACCAUUAAAGGAGCAAAAGAAGUUUGGAAGCAAACCGGGAAGAGUCCUUUUUAAAUGUAUUCGUAAGAUCAUUUGUGACUCAGCUUUCUGAUUUUGCUUUGUUUGUCAUGUAUUUGUUUACAGAUUGGCUAUACUGGGUGCAAUCAUUUAAUACAAUGAAAUAUCUGACACUUCUAUUAUUUGACUUUGAUAGGGUUGGGCAUGA